AUGGGCGGAUCUGCGCUGGUCGCCAUCUUCCUCGCAUUCAACAGUCUCGAUAUCAACAGACCCAUAUCAAGUCUCUCCAACAGCAACUUGUCCAUUAUGAUCAUCGCCAAAGGUGCACUCACUACCUCGCAAGAAAAUAUCACAGUGAAGCGAACAUUGUCAUUUGAAGAAGCCAGCGCACGGCUAUCCGAUUAUGAUCUCAUUAUACUCGGCUCGCGUUCGAGAAAUAUCCUGCCCUACGUCCAGCCCGAAAAUGCGCAAUUGAGAGCUUCUCGAAUUCAUCGCACAGUACGCAAGUCCUCCGAUACCGAUCACUAA